UAAAUCAGCGCAUGCGCAGAGCGUGUUCUCUCCUGCUCUCUCUCUCGGCGGCUCAGCGGUGAAUAAUGUCCACCAGCGACUUCUACCUGCGCUAUUAUGUUGGACACAAGGGGAAGUUUGGACACGAGUUUCUGGAAUUUGAAUUCAGACCUGACGGUAAAUUAAGGUACGCCAACAACAGCAACUACAAGAAUGACGUCAUGAUCCGGAAAGAGGCAUAUGUACAUAAAAGUGUGAUGGAAGAGCUGAAGCGGAUCAUCGACGACAGUGAAAUCACCAAGGAAGAUGAUGCGCUGUGGCCCCCUCCUGACAGAGUGGGAAGACAGGAGUUGGAGAUCGUCAUUGGGGACGAGCACAUUUCAUUCACAACUUCCAAAAUUGGCUCCUUGAUUGAUGUCAACCAGUCAAAGGACCCUGAAGGUCUGCGUGUGUUCUACUACCUGGUACAAGAUCUGAAAUGUCUCGUCUUCAGCCUGAUCGGGCUACACUUCAAGAUCAAGCCCAUCUAAAAUCUGCCAUUUCCUUUUUAUGAUUACUUAAGAGCGAUGUUUUUGUUGUAGUACCACUUUGUACAAUGUAUAUUUUGUUUUGAAAUUUUGUACUCUAAAUAAAGGGUGAUGAAAAA